CCGUUGUCCAAAACCACAAUGUAAUCAAUUUCUCUUCUUCACGCAGCACCCUCCCGCCAUUGUCCUCUCUUUCUCUCUCCACCGCAAUGCUUUCUUUAUCCCCCCACCACCACCUCUGCCUCCAUUCACUUCCCAAACCCUUUCUUCAUUCUCUUUUUUCACCUCCACCUUCACCUCUCCGAUCCCUCUCUUUACACCCCGCCACCUCACUCUCUACACCCCUCUGCAUUCAAUCCAUCUCCGCCACUGCUCACCCGGAGCCUGUCAACCCCUCCCAGUCACCCCCCUCUGAUCACCGCCUCAAAAUCGCCGUCAUUGGCUUCGGCAACUUUGGUCAAUUCCUCGCCAAAGCCUUCGUCUCUCAAGGCCACACUGUCCUCGCUCAUUCCCGAUCCAACCACUCCCAAACCGCCAAAAAACUCGGCGUUUCUUUCUUUCAGGACCCGCAUGACCUCUGUGAAGAACACCCAGAAGUUAUUUUACUCUGUACUUCAAUACUUUCCACGGAAAAAGUUCUUAAUUCCUUACCACUGCAACGUUUAAAGAGAAACACAUUGUUCGUGGACGUUCUUUCGGUGAAAGAGUUCGCUAAGAAUCUUUUACUUGAUGUUUUGCCUCCUGAUUUUGAUAUUCUCUGUACUCAUCCCAUGUUUGGUCCUCAAAGUGGUAAAAGAAGCUGGAAAGGCCUCAACUUUGUGUACGAUAAAGUGAGGAUUGGAGAGCAAGAGUCGAGGGUGUCACGCUGUGAGAAGUUUUUAGAUGUUUUUGCGAGAGAAGAGUGUGUGAUGGUCGAGAUGAGUUGUUCGGAGCAUGAUCUUUUUGCAGCUGGGUCACAGUUUAUGACGCAUACAGUGGGGCGAGUGUUGGGGAUGUUGGAAUUGGAGUCUACGCCGAUUAAUACGAAGGGAUAUGAGGUUUUGUUGGAUUUGGUGGAGAAUACAUUUGAUGAUAGUUUUGAUUUAUAUUAUGGUUUGUUUAUGUAUAACAAGAGUGCGCUUGAGAAUUUGGAGAGGCUUGAUUUGGGAUUUGAGGCGUUGAAGAAGGAGUUGUUUGGUAGUUUGCAUGAUGUGGUGAGGAAGCAAUUGUUUGGGAAUGGAAAGAGAGUGCAGAGGCGUUUGCAGGAGAGUUCUGGAAAUGGGAUUGCAUUGGGAGUUGAUAAAGUUCGUGUGAGGUCGGAAGGAGCUCUUCAGUCACAUGAAUACAAAGCACAGGCUUCUGAUGGUACAAAUGACAGCUCAAAGCUAAAGGUUGCUGUUGUUGGAUUUGGAAACUUUGGUCAGUUCCUUGCAAAAGCAAUAAUACGUCAGGGCCACAUAGUUCUGGCCUAUUCUCGAACAGAUUACUCUGAUGUGGCUCGAGAAAUGGGGGUUUCUUACUUCUCUGAUGCAGAUGAUCUUUGUGAAGAGCAUCCAGAAGUCAUUCUUCUUUGUACGUCAAUUCUGUCAACGGAAAAAGUUCUUAGGUCACUGCCAGUUCAGAGAUUGAAGAGAAGUACUCUGUUUGUUGAUGUACUCUCUGUAAAAGAAUUCCCUAGGAAUUUGUUUCUUAAAUAUUUGCCACCAUAUUUUGAUAUUCUUUGCACACAUCCUAUGUUUGGACCUGAGAGUGGAAAGAAUGGGUGGAAUGGUCUUCCUUUUGUUUUUGAUAGGGUCAGGGUUGGAAAUGAUGAAGGAAGAGUAUCAAGGUGUGAUGCAUUUCUUGAUAUAUUUGCACAAGAAGGGUGCCGAAUGGUGGAGAUGUCUUGUGCGGAACAUGAUUGGCAUGCGGCAGGGUCGCAAUUCAUCACACACACAAUUGGAAGAAUUUUGGAGAAGUUGGGGUUAGAGUCGACACCAAUUAACACUAAAGGCUAUGAGACUUUGUUGAAAUUGGUGGAGAAUACAGCUGGGGAUAGCUUUGAUCUUUAUUAUGGUUUGUUCAUGUACAAUGUAAAUGCAAUGGAGCAGCUAGAGCGGUUGGAUUUGGCUUUUGAAUCAUUGAAGAAGCAGCUUCUUGGUAGAGUGCAUGGUGUUCUUCGAAGGCAACUGUUCGAGAAUGCAGAGACAUUCACUGAUAUGAGGGAGAAGCCGACAGCACCUAAGCUUUCUCAAAAUGGUACUGCACAUGAAUCUUCCUUGGAGACUGUUAAUGCGCAAAAGAAUUAAGCUGGAUUCCCUAUGAGUUUCUUGGUAUUCUACUAAAUUGGUCAGUUCACCUUCAAUGGACACCAAGGUGAAGAAGACACUAGUGCAAGUUUGCCAAUUUAUGCACUGCAUUAAUAUUCUCAAGGAUGGAAAGUGAGGCACAAUCAGCAAUGGAUGCAUUUUAAUUUUGAAGCUAUUUGAUUCAAGUGAAAUAUGUUGUAAAGAAAAGAUGAAGGCUGGAGAAGAGAGUGGCUUCAAACGGUUGGAGAAAGCCACAAUGGUCUGAUGUCGUGGAAGGUAUUUGACCAAAAUAACAAAUGAUGUUAGAU